UUAAGAGUAUAUAGCAUAUAGGCUGUGCACAACUUCUCUUCUGCAUAUUGCAUUCAAAGCGCGCAGCUGAGGCACGUUCAGAAUACAGAGAGAAGUAAAGAUAUGCAUUUUCGAACCUAAGUGAUAGAGCAAACCAAAUACUGUCCUUUGGUAUUUACUCAAGGGUCGUAUUUUGUGCCUUUUGUAAAAAAAAUCAAGUUUCUCUAUCAUCUUUGACAGCUUCUACCUGUCCCUCUGUCAAUGUAAAGUUAUGGCGAUGUACAUAUCCAGGUGGUGAAAUUUAAUCCAAGAUUUUCAAAACAAAUAAAGGAGAAUAUAGAGAAAUAAAUAUCGGGUUUUGGGGUUGCUUUCAGAAGUACUAUAAGUUUGGGCAUAUUUGUUCUUUGUGCGUGAGAGAGCUGUAUUGGUCCAGAGCAGAAAAGAAACGCAUAUAGGUGUUUUGAUUCAGCUUUCUUUUGCCUAUUAACAUAUAACCAAACUCCACUUUUCUGUCUUUUACAUCAUUUCAAUAUUAAUUCUGCUCUUUUAGAGUGGCGUAUAAUGAAGCCAGCUUCUCAAACUUUUAAUGAGGAGGAAGAAUGUCACAGCAGUGAAUCUGGCUGGACAAUGUACAUUGGAUCUCCUUCGAAUGGUACUGAAGAUGAUAAGCUGAACGUAGUGGAUUUUGUGGAAGAAGAUGAUGUAAGAGAUCAAAAGAAUGAAAGAAAUCAAGAAGAAGAAGAUGAUGACACUGAUGAUUCUAUGGCGUCUGAUGCCUCUUCUGGUCCAAGUCAUAUCUUUGUUAGAAAUGCAAAGAUUACUACUGGUGCUCGUUAUGUGAAUCCAAAGGAAAAGGGUAAUAAUGGAAAAGGUUGCUCUAACAACAAAGCCAACACAAAGAAUGGUAUUAAGAAUCAAGACAAGGGAGAGUCUGUGUUUUCUGCAAAAGGAGCUAAAGUUCCCUCCAAUGGUGGAAAGGUAAGGAAAAGUAUUUGGAAGGGCAAAGGAAAAUAAUACUGUAAAAAUUACUAGCGUACUAUAUUUCCUCUCUUGUUAUGUUACUACUAUUAAUUUAUAUCUCUUGUGUUAGUAAUUAUUAGUGCAUGUUAAACUUUGACUAAGGAUGUUUUGCGAUUAGAAAUGAAUCAAUUUUUUGUUCGAGACAAAAAA